ACUGUGCUGGAGCCUCCUAGGACCUCUUGGAAACCACCAAAACAUAUUAAGCGCCUCUAAAAUGCCCUGAGACUCUUCUGAAAUUUUCCUUGCAUCCGCCAUCAUUUUUAGGAAUGCUGAUUCUCGUCAACGGACUGUUCAAGAGCUGAAGUUUGCACAAGAAAGGCAUUUUCACCUCUUGGUUCAUUAACUUAUAUUUUUAUCAUUAUUAUCAAGAUGUUUAGCACUGGGCUGGUUUAUCCCGGACCAACCGUACUACUUCCCUUCCGAAGAAGCCACAUUUUGUGGCUUUUUCUGGAGUGGUGUUUGAUCCCACACAGCCCAGUUGUUCUUCUUAGUCACGGUUAGUGGAGAGAAGCUUCAAGCGUUUUUUUUUUCAAAAUUACCAUGUAAAAUGAUUAAUGUGAUUAUUAUCACCACCCACGUGGUGCACAUUUUCAAAUAUUUAGGGUGUUUACAGUUAACGCCCUGGCCGUACCAGAUUGAGAGUAUAUGGGAUUUGCCAUAAGUCGAUACCCACGACCACCUCCUCAGGAGACAAAUUUCAAUAAAACGUUAAUUUACAGUAUUUGGGGUUAAAAAAAUUGACAAAAAAAUUCUGCAUUAACCAUCACACCAUGUCCACAACAACAUUUUUUUUUUUGUAUUUCAAAACGAACCUAAGUUUAAUUUUGCACGAAUGCUGCAUAAACAUCCAUGUUAAAUGUAUGUCAAAACAGGAGGAAACCACUCAUCAAGUAACAAUGUCUCAAAAUUUAAAAAAAGCAUCAAAUAUUUAUUUCAGUAGAAGCGCUUCAUUGAAACCGAUUAAAGUCUUAUUUGAUCCAUCCAUCCCAAUCGCAUAGAAAGUAUGCCAAGCGACAAACCAUGCCACCAUUAUUCGCCCUCAAUCGCCAAUAAACGCUCUCUAAUGACGACCAAAGGCACCAAUUCACCCAUCAUUCAUCCUGGUCCAAAGAUGGUGGGAUACGCAGUCCCGAUCCCCAUUCAUGACAAACCCUCCGCUAAUUCCGCUGCCAAUCAUAGUGAAAUGACAACAUAAUGCAAUCAAAGGUCGCUGGCUGUCUUUUCGCACUUCUUACUCUCUGGUUGGUUGCGAUCGGUCGCCGGCGGCGGAGGAAGAGCUGUAUGCUCUCGCGUCCGUCCAUCAGCUUCGGAACCUGCUGAAAUCGUCCCAUCCUUCCCUGGUUCGACCCGGGCGUUGUGUCCGUCCAUCAAGGGUGUGCGCAACUUCAUAAUAGCCCUCGGUGCACUUAAUGGCGUAAAAUGAAUUCCUUCCACCCAUACGCCAUCCAAGGCUCGAUAUAAUUUGCGCUCGAGCGAUAUUAAAUGAUAGCUAUAUAUUCGUGACAGUGUCUCGCUGGCUGGUCUAGUCCCUAAGGUCUGUCAGUUGAAUACAGUCGAGGAAACCGGUUACUGGAGUUGGAAAGCGACCAUCCCGGAGGGGAUUGAGGGGGGAAUUACUGCAGAAUGCGGUGCUGUGUGCGAGUAUGUUCAGUGAGCUUUUCGCUGCAAGGGCACUUUUUCUUACUGUGCGCCACAUAGAGUCAGUCAUCAACGACCGAGCGACGACGACGUAUGAUGGGCCAAGGAUGCCUGGAAGGCAUUUUAGGUCGUCGUCAUCAUCAUCAGCUUGGUACAUAGUCCCACGAGAUGCACAAAGAGCAGACAAAAGCGUCAACCUCUUCUGUUGCAUCACUACUGCUGCGAAAUGAUUUCAUGUGUGAGCGCAAAAUGUGCCUUCAGGAAUAAAAUGGUCCCAUUUUGUUUUUGUCGGCAGGAUCAACCAGUUUGCCAGAUCGUCUGGUGAAGACAUUCUAGAUCUCCGGGGAAAAAGCUUCCCCCGUCAAUGAACUGGUUGUGUUGAUGAUGCCUGAAGUGGUGAGCAAUUGACACCUGUGUAGGAUUGUUUAUGAAGCGGAAUUGAGAUGGAAUGUUUUACUCUGAACAGCGUGCUACUAGUUUGUAACUUGUUGUGGGAAGCAAAUCUGAUUGCUGUUUUGGAGUCAAGGCUUCCGUAUAAUUUAAUUGAUUUUGACGAUGAUUGCACUUGUUGUAUGCGUGUUAUUAAAAUAUUCAAAUUUCAAACCGUUUAUCACUGAAAAAUGACACAUUGAAUUCAAUAAACCGGAGGGCUUAACGCGCACGCAAUGAGUUUCUCACAGUAUAGCGAAGCAAACGUAUAACAAAGUGGAGCCAAAUUUUGUGCUCUGACUUCAGUUCGCAUCAGCAAUGGAACCGCUUUGGAAGUCUCUAGUAAUGUUUCUUGUUUUUCGUGUAGUCAUCGGAACUGACCAGGAAAACACUUUCGCUUUAGAUCUUUUCAAGCAAGUUUACGCCCAGGAAAGCAAUAAAAACUUUGUCCUGUCGCCGCCAAUAAUACGUGCCACACUCUCUUUCCUGUAUCUAACUGCGAACUGGAAUGCAGCUUUGGAGAUACAACACGCUUUACAAAUUCCUGAAGACAAGUCAGAAGCAACGGUUGAUCUGAAAAAUUUCCUCAUGAAAACCGCCAACAACCAAGGUCACCUACACAGCAGUUCCAAGAUCUAUCGCGAUCCAACUGAACUGAGUUGGACCCUACUAUCGCUAAUCAACGAACACAUGAAACCGGAGGUGACAAACAGCGACGACCCGGACACCGUCAUCUCAAUACUUCCCAAGUCCAUCCACAUGCCAAACUACGAUCUUCUGGUUACAACCGCUUCAAACCUUUCGGCAUCCUGGAAAAACCCGUUCAACACCUUGGAAGGCCGAACCGGUAUGUUCAAGUUCGACAACGGUUACUUUCUAACGGAUUUCAUGAAGAAAACAGCACGUUUUGGCAUCCUCAAACUGGAACAGUUCACAGCUUUGGAAAUACCCUACGAUUCAGACCUAUCAAUGGUCUUCGCACAGCCCAACGAUGAGGACGUCCCCCUGUCCGCUUUGGUGAAUGACUUCGAUCUACUAAAGUACCAAACCAUCGACUCCCAUCUUCGGCAACGUUUCGUGGAGGUGUCAAUUCCAAGGUUUGUAGUGGAGAGCAGCGUUUCACUAGGGAUGAGCUUGGCUCGGAUGGGACUGGUGUACAGCUUUCUAGCUAAUGCAUUCGAUUUCUACCUGUAUCGAGGCAGCGGAUUGGGACCUAUCGAUCACACCGGGUCCAUGAGGGUUCUGGAAGGAGGUACGGAGGAAGCUGAAGAUAGCCCGAAGCAGAAUGUUCCCCCAGCACUGCUACCUUCAUUCCGAGCCGAUAGGCCUUUUCUGUAUCUGGUUCGCAACACUACUUCCAAGGAUAUUCUUAUGAUUGGACACUAUUCUUAUUUUGAUGUUUGAAUAAAGAGUUUUGAUUAGAUUAGUAUUUGGGUGAUAGUCUAUAGAAUAUAUUUUGGGAAAGAAGUGUACAUUUUGGAAAUUACCUGUGCCCGGAGAUUUUUUCGAGAGGAACAUGGUGACUGAUAGUGACCGAAAUUGCACAACUCCUUAAGAAUUUCCUUCAGAAAUUCUAUAAAAGGAACCUCCACAAAUUUCAUUAACAAUUCUUCUAAGAAUUCUUUCAAGCUUAAGAAAAUCAUGCAUUCAGAAAUUUUCCCAGGGAUUCUUUCAGAAAAUCAUCCACGCACUCCAGACAUUUUCACGGCGUUUUUUUUUUCUUCUAAAAAUCAAGAGUUUAUAUUUUUCUGAAAUUUCUUCAAAAAAAAAAUCCUCCAGAAAAUCUGUAAAAAAUUUCUUCAGAAAUAAUUAGGCUGAUACAAAUUUAAUUUUGACUUUUUGUCUCCCCCCCUUCAAAAAUUUUUGGCUGGAUUUAGCAUUUUGAGGGGGCAGAGAAAAAAAUAUUUAUCAAAAUAUCGGGCAUUGGUGAAAAUUCUUUAACAAAUCCGAGGAGUUUUUAAUAUUUUUUAGAUAAAAUGCUUUAUUAUUUUUAUCCCCCCCCUCGACCCGUCAAAGAGUGAUGGGACAAAAAGUGAAAUAAAUAUUUGUAACGGCCUUAUAUGCGAUGCCUUAAG